UUUUGUUCAGUUGGAAAGUCGGUUCUCGUCAAAGACGCAUCAUCGUACAGUUAAUUUAAUAAUCAGACGCUAGAAAAGUUAUAUUCCCUGAAAUAUAUACCCGUAUAUAUAUAUUAAUUAUAUUUUCAUAUUUAAAAAAAAUUAUAUUUUUAGUAAUACGUGUAUUUGUCAGCGUUGAUGAUUGGGAUUCCGCGUGACGACCGGCACAAAAUAACGGUUAAGAUUCACAACACAAUGAAGCGAAGCUCUAGUCGCGAUACUCCGCCUCGCGUCAAGAGAAGUAGAUCCUCCAUGGGACGGUACGACGAAUCGAGUGACGAGCGUAUCACGCCCGAAAGAAUCCGUCGACGCAGCAGAGGAGCACGGAGUCCAAGUCCACCACCACGAGCAUCAUCGCACGCUCGAUUUGUGGAAUCUGGUUCACAUCGUGAUGAGUAUCUACGAGCACCACCACCACGUGAAUUACCACCAGAGCGUCCUUACAGCAGCUACAAAGCUCUCUGUGUCAGUGCUAUCCAUCCUAAAGCCAGCGAUGAAAUAAUAAAAGACACUUUGUACCGUGAGUUUAAAAAGUUUGGUGAAUUUUCAAUCAGGAUAGCCCACGAGUUGGACGAACGAGUGGCGUUUAUUUGCUUCAGGAGCUCUGAGGAUGCACGAGAUGCAAAACACGCGAAGCCACGGAUAAUAAUAUACGACAAAGUGGCUAUUGUUGAACCGGUAUAUGAAAGACCGGAGACUUAUCGUCGUCCACGUUCAAUUACACCACCAGAGUAUGAUCGUUACUAUGCACGUUCACCAGGUCCCGAGAGACACCGGCCAAUAGAACGCUAUGAAAGAGUCUAUGUUCCACCAGUUGGGAUACCACCGCACCGUGAAAUGCGACGUGAAGCAAUACCUCCUCCUCAUCAUGAGUUUGUACGGCCACCACUUCAUCACGGUCCGCCGCAUGUUCAUCAUCCAGGGCCGCCACAUCAUUACGGGCCACCUAGACACAUGAUGAUCCGUCAUCCAGUUCAUGGUUUCGAGCGCGUGGAAAAUAAAAAAGACAAAUUUCCAAACUAUCUUCAUCAUGUUUCACCUGAAGAUGACCCACUGGCUACACGGACACUGUUCGCUGGUAAUCUUGAGAUAAAUAUAACUGAAGAAGAGUUACGGCGCAUAUUCAGCAAGUAUGGAAUUGUCGAUGACAUUGACAUCAAACGACCACCACCUGGUACUGGUAAUGCAUACGCGUUUGUACGUUUCCAGACUCUGGAUAUGGCCCAUCGUUGCAAAGUUGAGUUGUCUGGUCAGUACAUUGGUAAGUUCCAAUGUAAAAUAGGGUACGGUAAAGCAACACCAACAACACGUAUUUGGGUCGGCGGUCUAGGGCCCUGGACAUCGGUACCACAGCUGGAACGUGAAUUUGACAGAUUUGGUGCAAUUAAAAAAAUUGAUUACAUAAAAGGUGACAGCAAUGGUUACAUUUUGUAUGAUUCAAUAGACGCAGCUCAAGCGGCAGUAAAAGAAAUGCGAGGAUUUCCACUAGGUGGACCUGACAGACGACUCCGGGUUGACUUUGCCGAUGUGACUCCCGGCUUUGGUUUUAAACCACGGCCAUAUCCGGAAGAGGGUGGAGAAUUUAGACCGCGUGUACCUGUCGAGUAUGAUCCACCUUACGAAGCAUACGGUCCUGAGGGAGAAUUUACUUAUCCACCACGAGGAUUCCGUGGUCGAGGAGGCGCACACUGGCACGAUCGUCGAGGCGGCGCAAGUCGUGGAGGUGGCGCUUACCGCGGAACUUAUCCAGAAGGUUACAUACGGGAUGAACCUGAUUGGCCAACCAGAAGACCACCACCUGAAAUGGAAUACGAACCACCUCGUGGUAUCCGAAGAUCAAUUUCCAGAGAACCAGGAGUUGAUCGUUCACGCUCAAGAUCACCACGAAGAAGACCCAUGGACUCAGACUCGGAUUCCGAGAAUGCACGAACUGGAAUGCUUUCUACCUCACGCACUCUUGCUGAAGUUGCACGAAAAUCAAUAGCUGUCUGGCAGGGCGCUCUUAUUUUAAAGAAUUCACUAUUUCCAGCAAAGUUCCAUCUUACUGACGGUGACACAGAAAUUAUUGACGCUCUUAUGAAAGACGAAGAAGGCAAACACAUGUUGCGAAUCACCCAAAGAUUGCGUCUCGAUCAACCUAAACUCGAUGAUGUGUCAAAACGUAUCCAAACCUCAAGUUCUCAUGCUAUUUUCUUGGGUCUCGCUGGAUCCAGCACCGCUGUAACUAACGAUGACGCAAAUGUACAGACACGGCCACUGAGAAAUCUAGUGUCUUAUCUUAAGCAAAAAGAAGCCGCGGGUGUUAUAUCUCUCCUUAACAAGGACACUGAGGGCACUGGAGUGCUCUACGCUUUUCCACCUUGUGCAUUCUCCACAGAAUUACUAAAACGAACGUGUCCUAGUCUCAGCGAAGAAGGACUCAAGGAAGAUCAUUUGGUAAUCGUUGUUGUCAAAGGCGGCAGUGCCUAGACAACAAUUCAUUAUAUUUUAUCAUUAAUAUCAAUACCUUCUUUUUUAAUAUUAAUUCUAAAAAAAAAUAUUCAACUACUCGGAUUUAAUUUUUAAUGAUCAAUAUUAAUUAUUAAUCAUUACUAUUAUAUACAUGCAUAUAUAAAUAUUUUUUUUUUUAUAUUUAGUAUUCGAGUCGGGAUUUUCUUUUAAUCCAUUUUCUUACUCAAAUUAAAUUAUACAUAUAUAUUUUUUUUUAUUCGUUUUUACGAGUAAAAAAAAUUUUUUAAUUUUAUUACGAGUAAGAGAUAAUUAUUUUUUGUAUUAUAUAUAACUAAUGGAUUUAUACGAAGUAACUGCCUCGAGUUUUUAAGAUUUUUUUUUCUUUUCAUUAAAGAAUUUAAAAAUAAUAAUUAUAAUCCAAAUCCGUGACAAGGCAGACAAUUUUUUUUUUAGACCAACGGACAAAUUAAUAUCUCGACGUGACUGAUAAAUUUUUUCUUCCAUUAUAUAUUCAUUAAUAAUUUUACAAAAAAAAAAAUGAUUAACUAAUGAAGUAAAGUAAUUAAUUAUAGAAUUAAUAUCAUGUAAGUGUAAAAAAAAAUGUUUAAAAUCUGCAGAUCAUGUUAACACUUUUUGUCUCGGCACAAAUCAUACACAUACAUCUUCAUACAUCUAUAUAUAUAUUUAAAUAUAUAUAAAUAUUAAAACUAUUAUUAUUACACUUAUAAAAAAAAAUUUAUACAUGUAUAUUAUCAAUUAACUCGCUAAGGAAUUAAUUAACAUUUUAAUUGUUAAAAGAAAAAAAAAUAUCUGCAGAGUCUGGCACUCAUCGAUCUCGAGAAAACGGAUGUCCAUGAAAAAAUAAUUCAUUUGUGUAGUAAAUUUAAAAAAAUGUCAAUGAUUUACCAGAGCGAUGAGCGAGUGAGAGGGUAAUUAAUUAAUUAAGACAACAGGAAACAAAAAUUCACCGUAAAUAUUUAAUUAAUUAAUCACUUGUAUCAAUGGUUUAGAAAAAAAAAACAAAUGUUUUACUGUGCAAGUGGUUGUGUUGAAAAGUAAAAAAAAAAAGAAAGAAAGAAAAAAAACAGAGUAAUUGUUACAAAAAAAACUAGAAGAAACUCGUGAUUAAAUUAAUGUUAGCAACAUUGUGGCCGUAGUGCUGGUGUUUUAAAUGUUAGUUUAAAAAAAACAACGAAAUAAUUAUUGUUUAAAUUCAUUAAAAGAUAUGAUAAAUAUUGUGACGAUCAAGCGAUACGUUAAACACCUAGUGACAGUUAUUACUUUUAUUUAAAUUGUUUUUUUUUCUUUUGGUUGCGUCCAUUGGAUAUUUUGUACGUUUUAAUAAUUUGAAUAUCAUCAUAGUUUUAAUGAUAAUACGUAAUAAGAUAUUGACAAAACAAAAUAAUGACAAAAA